AGUGUCACUUAAUGUCAAAUAUGCCAAUGAUAGCCGAUGGGCAUGCAAUAGUCGAAGUGAAAUGUUAACCGAAUAGAUUCCUAAAAUUUCAUAAUAUUACAUAAACAUGGCUUUCUUUAGGGGAUGGCGUUACGCCGCCUUUGUCUCAGGAUUCGUUGGCAUGAUCGGUCUAGCUCUAUAUCCCAUUGCUAUUAGUCCUAUGAUAGACGUUUCUAAAUACAAGGAAAUUCAAAAGGAAGCUAGGAAGAAUAUAAGACAGGAAGAUAUCCAACCUGGAAAUAUGAAAAUAUGGACAGAUCCAUUUGGGAGAAAGAAGCCAGAUAGUGAAUAAAAUAGUUGCAUAGUGUAAAUAAUUUAUUAAUAGUAGAAUAAACUUAUUGAUUUAUUA